AUGGCCUACUCUGCCCCAUUUCAACUGCCGCUAUUCUCACUGGCGCCCCCGCCUAAGGAUCAUCUCAUCUGUCGCUACUGUGGCCAGCGGGUGAAGUUCCGGGAGUUGAGUCGUCACAACCGACGCUACCAUAGUGACCAGUGGACUCGAGCGCACCAGCGACGUCCAAGGGGCUCUCUGCUGUUUAAGUGCCAUGCUUCAGGGUGUGGGCGAACUUUUCCAAACCACUUCCAAUUGAGACAGCACCAACAGACUCACCCGCCAACGGGCAGGGGCAGAAACCGACGCCAGAGUGAUCAGCGCUCAAAGGAAGCGCUCCAGUCUUUAGCCUCUGGUGCCAGUGGGUUUUCGAGACUGGCCAACCCGUCUCCGACCCAGAACUUCUCGGUUAUUGGUCAACACGCGAACGCUAUCCAGCCCAAUCAACGGUUCAAUGCCAGACAAUUCCAAUCCCACAACAGACAAUUUCAACAACUACUCAACAGCAAUAACGAACGGACUAAUCAAUGGGCGACUGCUCAGCUGGUGGCUAUUCAGUCCAACCAACCAUGGAUGCCGUCGAAUCAACCGGUGGUGGCAAACUCACAGGGGCGAAAGGACGAAUGGGUGACGCCUACUCAAGCUAACUAUCAACAGUUACAAAGCAAUCAGCAUGUGUAUCAAUGCCAACAGCCCGAUCAGCAGUCCCACCAACAAUCUUAUCAGCAACUCCAUCAGCAAUCCUAUCAGCAACUGUUUCAGCAGGUGCCAUUUUACCAGCAACCCGUCACCUACCACCAGCAAAACUAUCAGAGACAACACUACCAACAGGGGCAUAUGCAGCGGCCUAUAAACCAUCAGAUCUCCCGCGCCGCUGUUGUUGAGGAAACUAUUACGACUGGAUCGGCCGUUGCUGAAACCAUACAAUCUUACCAAGAAAUGACCACCGAGCAGGCGGUUCUGAUGAACCAUGGGAUUGUUAUGCAACGAACUACGGCAACCUACCAAGAAAUGGCUACUCAGCAAACGAUUUCGAAUUGCUACCAAACGGCUGCCCAACAGUCAGUGGAGCAAAACUACACUAUCGCCACCAACAUCCCGCAUGGCGGUCUGUUGACGAACCCCACGCACAACAAGCCGUAUAAUUUUGGACUGUGGGGAUACCAAGGCCAACCCUGGGAAGUCAAGACGUUCCGGCUUCCAUCAAUGGCCAACAAUCCCUUCUUUGCCUCCCGUCGGUCCCAGAGUAAUCAUGUUAUCAUACCUACCCAUGUUGAUGAGGAUGUCGACAUGAUGCUGGUGCGAGCAGCGCCUUUUGACUCUAAACAACAAUUGUCUGGCACCCAAGCGUUGCCAGCCAUCGAGUACAAAGUGAAGUCUCCGACAAAUUGGGCCAUCCAAAAACAUUCUUAG